ACUAUAUAUGUGUACUAUAUCAUCUCAGUCUCGAAAAGCUCUCCAUAUCUCAAAUUUAUUGCUACCUAUUACAAAACAAGCCUUCAAAACCAUUUCUUUCUUUCUUUCUUUCUCUUAUAAGAUAAUGUAAAGUUAUAAACAUAAAGUACAUUUAGUUUUUUCUUUUUUCUCUUCUUCUUUUAUUUUUUCCACACAAGAGAGAGCCAAAAUGAUAGUGGAAUACUUAGCACUCUUUGUUGUCAUAUUCCUUAUAGUUCGACCAAUUUUAAACAAAAUUUUCCGAACAAACAAACUCCCACCAAGCCCAAUAGGAUUACCAAUAAUUGGCCAUUUUCACCUCCUUGGACCCAUAAUCCACCGUUCAUUCAAACAAUUCACCGAUCGUUAUGGCCCCAUAAUUUCACUUCGCCUGGGUUCAAUCCCAUGCAUAGUCAUAUCUUCACCCGAACUCGCAAGAGAUUUUCUCAAGACAAACGAGCAAUAUUUUUGCGAACACAACGCAUCCAUUGCGGUAAACCGGCUAACCUACGCCUCGUCGGUAGCCUUCGCGCCAUAUGGGCCCUACUUCAAGUUCAUAAAAAAGCUCACUAUUAAUGAGUUGCUGGGCACUCGCCCAGUCAACAGUUUUGCCGCGCUGAGAACAAAAGAGCGCAAUAGGUUCUUGCAACUCUUGAGGGAAAAAUCUCAGCGCGGUGAAACAGUUAACCUGACUGAUGAGUUGCCUAAGCUUUCGAACAACAUAGUUUCACAAAUGAUUUUGGGUACAUCUAAUGAUGGUGACUAUGCUGAUGAGGCUAGGAUUGUGAUUAAAGAAGUGACUAAGGUUUUUGGAGAGUUUAAUUUAUCUGAUUUUGUUUGGUUUUUAAAGAAUGUGGAUUUGCAGGGUAUUGGGAAAAGAAUUGAGGCUACUUUUAAGAAGUAUGAUACUUUGUUAGAGAAGAUUAUUUCAGAACGAGAAGAGCUAAGGCGAAAAAGAAAGAAAAUGGCAUCAUUAGUCAAUAAUGAUAUUGAUCAAAAUUAUGAAAAUGGGGUACUUAAUAAUAAUAAUAAUAAUGUGGAGGUGAAAGAUUUUCUUGAUAUUUUGCUUGAUAAUUUGGAGGACCACAAAGAAGACAUCAAAUUGUCUAGGGUUCACAUCAAAGCCAUCAUUGUGGAUUACUUCACUGCAGGCACAGACACAACAGCAAUUACAACCGAAUGGGCUUUGGCCGAGCUCAUCAACAAUCCAAAGGUGCUCGGAAAAGCCCGACAAGAGAUCGAUCGAGUGGUCGGAAAGACGCGUCUUGUAGGCGAAUCGGACAGUCCAAAUCUCCCAUACAUUCAAGCUAUUAUAAAGGAAACCCUAAGGCUACAUCCACCAUUGCCUUUGCUUGAAAGGAAAUGUGUUAAACAAUGCCAAAUAGGAGAGUACAUUAUUCCUGAAAAUGCCAUGCUUUUUGUGAACAAUUGGGCCAUGGCAAGAGACCCAAAGACAUGGGAAAGCCCAAUGGACUUUAGGCCCGAAAGAUUCUUAGUGGAGUCCAACGAGGGUGGUGAACUAAAAAUGGGCCCAAUAGAUGUGAAAGGUAAUAACUUUCAACUUUUGCCAUUUGGAGCUGGGAGGAGGAUGUGCCCUGGAGUGAAUUUGGCCACACAGAUGUUGCCUGCUUUACUAGCCAAUAUAAUCCAAUGUUUUGAUCUGACGGUUCCUGAUUCUCAGGGUGGAGAUCCAAGGGCUGUGAAUGAUCUAGGUGUUCUUAAUAUGGAAGAGGCACCAGGUUUCACUGGCCCAAGGCUCCAUGAGCUAAUAUGCCUCCCAGUUCCUAGAUUGGGCUCACCACUUAUAAGUACUAUUGAAGCUUAAUUAAUUAGAUCAUUUGUGUGCACAACUAUAUAUAAAUAGUAAUUAUAUAAAUAUAUUACUGGGGGUAAGUUGAAAAAUGUCUCUUUUAUUCAUCAAUUAAUCAAAUUUACCUCUAAUUUUAUAUUUAUUUAAAACAUACCUCUUUUUAUAUGUAUUGUACCCAAAAUACCCUCACAUAAGAGAAUCACAUGGAGAGUAUCUUAAAGUGACAGGGGCAAAAUUAGUACAAUGUUUAAAAAAGAAGGUAAAAAUGAUAGAUUUUAAAAAAGAAGGUAAAAAUAAAAGAGGAGAAUAUAAAAAGGGUAUAGAGUGUAAUUUCCUCUAUAUUACUGGCCAUUUAAUUGUUUUUCAAGCUUGUUUUGUUUCUGAUUGGUACUUGUUUUUCUCCUCUUUUUAGGAGUUUUAUUGAACAUUAUGACAAUUUUAUUAUUGUUGUUGAUGGAUAUGAUAUGAUAAGAAUAUAGUACUUCUUUUCUAUCAUGUAAGAGUUGGAGUUUUCAAAGAGAAAAUAUGAACGGUUACCAAAUCACCACAAAUUUGUAUGUGAGCUAAGGGAAAAAUAAAGAAUUUGUAUUGUAUAA